CCUGCAGCUGCCUGGCCCUCUUGCCCGGUCGGGCUCCAGCUGACCAGGGAAGGGGUGGGCCGAGGCUGAGGCUGAGGCGCGGGACCCGGGAGUGGCCCCGACUUGGUGUGGGAGCCCGUCGGGGGAACACGCGAGCCGGGGCUCUCGGAGCGGGUGGCGGCGCGCGGCCCUGAGCCCCGCCCCAGGCCGGCAGGCGGGCCGGGAGCCGGUGGGGGUAGGGGGUGCGGUGGGGGGUGGGGACCCUCGGGCGCUUGGGGGUCCCAGGCCCCGCCGGCUGCGGAGCGGAAGGGGUGGCGGACGAGCCGCAGAGAUGUCUGGCCAGAGCCUGACGGACCGAAUCACCGCGGCCCAGCACAGUGUCACUGGCUCCGCGGUAUCUAAGACAGUAUGCAAGGCCACGACCCACGAGAUCAUGGGCCCCAAGAAAAAGCACCUGGACUACUUAAUUCAGUGUACAAAUGAGAUGAAUGUGAACAUCCCACAGUUGGCAGACAGUUUGUUUGAAAGAACUACUAACAGUAGUUGGGUGGUGGUCUUCAAAUCACUCAUUACAACUCAUCAUUUGAUGGUGUAUGGAAAUGAGCGUUUCAUUCAGUAUUUGGCUUCAAGAAACACACUGUUUAACUUAAGCAAUUUUUUGGAUAAAAGUGGAUUGCAAGGAUAUGAUAUGUCUACAUUUAUUAGACGGUAUAGUAGAUACUUAAAUGAAAAGGCAGUUUCAUACAGACAAGUUGCAUUCGAUUUCACAAAAGUGAAGAGAGGGGCUGAUGGAGUUAUGAGAACAAUGAACACAGAAAAACUCUUAAAAACUGUACCAAUUAUCCAAAAUCAAAUGGAUGCACUUCUUGAUUUUAAUGUUAAUAGUAAUGAACUUACAAAUGGGGUAAUAAAUGCUGCCUUCAUGCUCCUCUUCAAAGAUGCCAUUAGACUAUUUGCAGCAUACAAUGAAGGAAUUAUUAAUUUAUUGGAAAAAUAUUUUGAUAUGAAAAAGAACCAGUGCAAAGAAGGUCUUGACAUCUAUAAGAAGUUUCUGACUAGGAUGACAAGAAUCUCAGAGUUUCUGAAAGUUGCAGAGCAAGUUGGAAUUGACAGAGGAGAUAUUCCAGAUCUUUCACAGGCCCCCAGCAGUCUUCUUGAUGCUUUAGAACAACAUUUAGCUUCCUUGGAAGGAAAGAAAAUCAAAGAUUCCACAGCUGCAAGCAGGGCUACAACACUUUCCAAUGCAGUCUCUUCUUUGGCAAGCACUGGCCUAUCUCUGACCAAAGUGGAUGAAAGGGAAAAGCAGGCAGCAUUAGAGGAAGAACAGGCUCGUUUAAAAGCACUAAAGGAACAGCGUCUAAAAGAACUUGCAAAGAAACCGCAUACCUCUUUAACAACUGCAGCCUCUCCUGUGUCCACCUCAGCAGGGGGAAUAAUGACUGCACCAGCCAUCGACAUAUUUUCUACCCCUAGUUCUUCUAACAGCACAUCUAAGCUGCCAAAUGACCUGCUUGACUUGCAGCAGCCAACCUUUCACCCAUCUGUCCAUGCUAUGUCGGCUGCUCCUCAGGGAGCAAGUACAUGGGGAGAUCCUUUCUCUGCUACUCUAGAUGCUGUUGAUGAUGCCAUUCCAAGCUUAAAUCCUUUCCUCACAAAAAGUAGUGGUGAUGUUCACCUUCCCAUUUCUUCAGAUGUAUCCACUUUUACUACUAGGACACCUACUCAUGAGAUGUUUGUUGGAUUCAGUCCUUCUCCAGUUGCACAGCCACAUUCUUCAGCUGGCCUUAAUGUUGACUUUGAAUCUGUGUUUGGAAAUAAAUCUACAAAUGUUGCUGUAGAUUCUGGUGGCUUUGAUGAACUAGGUGGACUUCUCAAACCAACAGUGGCCUCCCAGAACCAGAGUCUUCCUGUUGCCAAACUUCCGCCUAACAAAUUAGUGUCUGAUGACUUGGAUUCAUCUUUAGCCAACCUUGUGGGCAAUCUUGGCAUUGGAAAUGGAACCACUAAGAAUGAUGUAAGUUGGAGUCAACCAGGUGAAAAGAAGUUAACUGGAGGAUCUAACUGGCAACCAAAGGUUGCACCAACAACUGCCUGGAGUGCUGCAACAAUGAAUGGCAUGCAUUUUCCACAAUACGCCCCCCCUGUAAUGGCCUAUCCUGCUACUACACCAACGGGCAUGAUAGGAUAUGGAAUUCCUCCUCAGAUGGGAAGUGUACCUGUAAUGACACAACCAACCUUAAUAUACAGCCAGCCUGUCAUGAGACCAGCAAACCCCUUUGGCCCUGUAUCAGGAGCACAGCUGUCGGCAGCAUCCAGCCCCUCAAGGCACAGUCCUCACAGAGCUGCAGGAAAGGACCCCUUUGCAGAGCUCUCUCUGGAGGACUUCUUAUAAGUCACUUAGAUACAGUUUAUGUAACUAGAUGGAAGAGAAUGGAAUUACUCCAAGAAUACAAGUGCGCAGGUGGCAACUCCUUACUUCCAGCAAAAUUGAAACUGCUGUCUCUGAAACUCUUCCUCCAUUAGAGCGCUCCAGUAACCCAUGAAGGCCCACAGCUGGAUGGGACUAGUUUAUAGGAGAGCGUUGUCAAUACCACUUAUAAAGCCAAGAAUUGCCAUGAUUUAAGACUAAGAUCUGUCUUUUUGGUGACUAACACUUCAGUUCUUUCAACUCCUAUUAAUACCCAUAAUCAGUAACCUACCAGGAAAAGCCCGUAUUGGAAGUGUGGAGUUUGUGUUGGAAAAGCUGCCUGGGGAGAAGAGUCGUGUCCUUUACCAUGGCAACAGGACUCAUUGGGGGAUCAAAAUCAGAAUUUUAAAUUAUGCAUUAUAUUUCUUUUCUCCACUCCUCACAUAUACAGAAACCAUAAUUGAAGUUAACUUUUCUUUUUAAAAAAAUUUAUAUUCAGUUUGCAGUAGACAUUCCUUAAGUAUUUGUAUUUAUUUAUGAUUAUCAAUUUUACAUAACAUUAAUAUUAUAUCAAACCUCCUUAAGAAAAUGAGUAUGGAUGUUCACAGUAUGUUUGAUUUUUAUCCACAAGAAUGAAUCUGAUUCAGAAUGCUUUUCAGCUGACAUACAGAGCACUAAAUACUUUACGGCAAAUCCAUAGGUCUGACUCUCUUAAGAAUUCUCAGUCUCUAUGGGAAGUAGGGACGCAUUAUAAAUGCAUUAAUCCUUAUAGUCGAUCCUGUGCCUAGGAUUUUGCAAGGGAACAGUUCACUGACUAGGAAAAGCACUACAUUUAAAACUCAGCAUUAGUGCAUUGGGAAGGAUCUUUACUGCUUUGUGCUUGGCAUGUCAUUAUUUUCCAUUUGACAUUAGGGCCUUUCCAAAUGAAUGUGAGGAAUUGCUUUCACUUCAAGACUCUCCUUCUUUUCAGUAAAAUUUUAGGAGACGUUAUGGGGAAAGGGAGGGAACAGAAGUCCUUGAACUUUUUAUUUGGCGUGUGCCAUGUUAUGAUCAUGUACCUUUUAAAUAAGGGGAGAUAGUAUCUUUAAAGUCAAUGUCUAGCCAAGAGUUUAGUUAAUGAAGAAUUAAACUGCACUGUUGAUCGGUGCUUUCUGUAAAUACAUCUUAUCGCUUGGGUUGAGAGGGGCCUUAAGAAGGACAGUUCAUUGUAGGAAAGCAAUUCUGUACAUGAGUUAAGCAUACUUGUUGCAUUGUCUCUGCAGAUUCUAUUUUUGUUUACAAUAUUAAAAUGUAUGUUAGCAAAUGGGUGGAUUUUCAAAUAAAAUGCAGCUUCCACAAAACAUGUUACGGUGUUCUGGUUUGAGGUGUGUUCUCCUUUUUCCUUCCACUUUUUUUUUUUUUUUUUAUUAUUAUCAGUCUCAUCAGUUUUUGCUAAUAAAGUUAUGCCCAGGAGGUUAUAUCUAUCUACUGGUCAAAUAAAAUGUAAAAUUUGUUUUAUUUAACUAUACAAGAAUAAUGUCUGACUUCUUGUUACCAUCUGGGCUUGCUUAGACACAUGACUGCACUUGUUCACCUUCCUUCCUGAUGGGACGCCUUCAGUCAGGUAAGUUAAGGGAGAAAGUGCGUAGGAUUGUGUUUGCUAAAGAAUGGCUGUAUCAUAUAGUGUAGUGGAUAAUAAACGAGCAUCAGAGUGCAUCAAAGAGACAUCAAAAGCUGUAUACUGCUAAGUGUUUGUUCUGGUAUGGAAAAAUCACAGUUUUUAGCCAUUGUGUUUUUGUUAAUGACUGAUUUUCAAAUUUCACUAUUAUUAAAAUGUUUCCAUAUGAACUAAGAAAUUGUGUUUUAAAUUAAGAAUCCUUAAAAUAGUAAAUAUUGAUUUAUUUUGGUUUUUUGAAUGGGUAUUUUAAGCUAUGUGGCUUAAAUUCUUUCAUGACCUUAUUUUGAUAGUGUGUGCAUAUGAAGUACUUUACAACCAUCUCCAUUUUAUUGCUUAAAUACUUCUGGGCUCUGUUGGGUAAGAAUUGCUCACAUCCGGUGUUGGUCCAGGGAGUUAAAUUAGCAGGUAGAAUAGGUGGCUAGACAGUGGCAUGGUUCCUUGGCUUGCUGUCUGUCAUUCAUUCACAACUGAAUGGGCAUCAUACCCCUGCGGUCUAGACUGUUGGCCACUCUUGACUCCCUGAGGAUCUUCUGUGAAGCACAUUUCCUGCUGCUUUUCUUGAAGUCUGACAGAGUUGAUAGGGAGGAAUAUAAAAUAUAAAUCUAUAACAUUAAUCAAAAUACAAUGUGCAGAGUAAAUCAGCAGUUUGAAUUCGUAGAUCAGCUGCCUUAGAUGUUUAAGUCACCAUGACAAGGACUGCUUAUAGUCUCAGUUUUGUGACCACACAGGAGUGUUGGGUAUGGGUUCCUUCUCAUGAGUGGGUUUGCCCAAGUCAGAUAGUGAUUGGUGACUCCCACAAGCUUUGUGUCACUAUUGCCCUAGCAGAUCUUGCAAGCAGGCAGGACUGUUGGAGAUGACAAAGGUUUUGUGUGGCUGGCUUGGUGUUUACACUUCUCUUCUGAUAGUGCUCAGAGUGCCUUCCCGUACAAAGACCUAGGCUAUGGGGCGAAGGCGCUAGGUAGGCACCAGCUCCACUUCUCCAUGUUCAGUGAGUUGUGUAGGUGUUGUCUUCAGCAGUGGAGCCUUGCCAACAGUUGGGAAAUCAACCUAUAAUUUGGGCAACAGCCUGGGUUGUUGAUCCCUUGGGACCCCUUUGGCCAACAACUCAAUUAAAUGUAACCCAAUCCUAGUACUGGAAGGUGACAAAAGAUGGCCGUUGAGGCUCUUUUUUCCCCAUUAUUUAGUGAUUUCAUUUAGACCGCCUUUUUAUGUGUAUAUAUAUUGGUAAGCUCCUGUUUCAGGUUCAAUACUAUCCCUCAAAUGGCCCUUAAUUUUAGCGUAUCUCUAUUUCCUCCCUUGUCCCACUUUUUUCUCCCCCUCUCCACUUGAUCUUCCCGUUCCAGCCCUCCCCAUCUACCCAUAACUAUUUUAUUUCCCUUCCCUAGGGAGAUAUAUCUGUCCUCCUAGUCCCUUACUCCGUACCUAAUCUCUGUGAUUCUUUAGACUUCAGUUUGGUUAUCAUUGACUUAAAAGUUAAUAUACACAUAAAUGAAAAUACAUGUUAUAUUUGUCCUUUGGGGUCUGGGUUACCACACUGCAUGAUUUUUGUUGUCUUGUUCCACCUGUUCGUGAUUUUAUUUUAUUUUUUAAUCAUCUGAGUGAUGUUCCAUUGUGUUAGGAUAUUCCAUCCUCAUUUUUUCUGUAUCUGUUUUAGUUAAUUUGAACUGCUGUGAACAGAUACCAUGACCAAAGACAACAUUUAAUUGGGGCUGGCUUACAGGUUCAGAGGUGCAGUCCAUCAUCUUCAAGGUGGGAACGUGCAGUAUCUAGCAGGAAUGGUGCAGGCAGAACAGUUCUACAUCUUCAUCUGAAGACUGCUAGUGGAAGACAAAGCAGCUAGGAUGAGGGUCUUAAGCCCACAUCCACAGUGACCCACCUACUCCAACAGGCCACACCUAUUAAUAGUGUGACUCCCUGGGCCAAGCAUAGACCAUCACAGUAUCCAUUCUGUUGAGGGACAUCUAGGUGGUUUUCAAUUUCUGGCUAUUAGGAAUAGAGCAGCAAUGAACAACUGAGCAGUGCCUUUGUGGUAGGAUGAAGUGUCCUUUUGAAUGUAUGUGCACUACUGGUAUAGCUGGAUCUUGAGGUAGAUUCCCAUCUUCCUGAAGAGCUACCACACCGAUUCCCACCACACUGACCACAAGUUUGCACUCCCAACAACAAUGGAUUGAGUGUGCCUCUUACUCUGUAUCCUUGCCAGCAUGAGCUGUCACUUUUAUUGUUCAUAGCCAUUCUGGCAGGUGUAAGAUGAACUCUCCAAGUUGUUUUGAUUUGCAUUUUCCUGAUGACUAAGGAUGUUGAACAUUUCUUGAAGUGUUUCUCAGUCAUUUGAGUUUCUACUUUUGUGAAUACUCUUUAGAUUUGUACCCCAUUUUUUAAUUCAGUUGUUUUCUUGCUAACUAAUUUUUUUUUUUGUUUUUUGGUUUUUGGUUUUUUUUUUGUUUUUUGUUUUUUUUGUUUUUUGUAUAUUUUGGAUAUCUGCCUCAGACUUUUUUUUUUAAUUUUGAGGUUAGAAUACUUGUUUCAAGGUGCUGGAGAGAUGAGCCAGCAGUUACAAGCACACACCGCUCUGCAGAAGAGUAGAGUCAGGAGUCAGUUUGAUUCCUAGCACUCUUGUUGGAAUCUCAUAACUGACUAAAUUUCCAGGGGAAUCCGAUGCCCUCUUCUAUCCUCUAUGAGCUCCUACAUUCAUGUAUAUGAAUUCAUGUACCUGCAAUAGGCACACAUACAUAUAAUUAAAGACCUUUUUAACUUUUUCAUACAAUAUAGUUUGAUAAUGUUUUCUCCUCCCUCAAUUCCUCCCAUACCGUUCCCACUUCCCUUAGCCACCCAACUCUGUUCUCUCUCUCCCUUAAAAAAAAGAAAGAAAACAAGAAACAAAAACCCCACAAAGAACAAAAAUGAAAAUCAGAUAACAGUAUUCUUGCUUGAUAAUUUCUUACCUAAAAGCUUCUGGGAAAGGGGAUAGCUUGCCCUGUGGUGGCCUUGGAUAUUUGGUUAGUUCUAGCUUGUAGAUCCUGUGACUUCCCUGAUGGACUCCAGUGUAUCUGUGUGGGAUAUUGCUUUUCAAAUGUUUGCUCUUUUCCACAAUUGUAACCUUUCUCAAGUCUCAAUUCUUGGGUCUUCUAUUGAGGUUAACCCAUUUUCUCUCCCUUGAUACAGUUCUGGGAUAUCUGUUUCACUGUAUUUCUCUGUUUUGCCUGUUAUACUUUACUAUUCCUGGGAGGGAACUAUCAUCUCCACUUACUGUAAGAGGCAGUUAAAAAAAA